CGGCGAUCUCCGUGAUCGCUGUGUCCUACGGACACAGCUGAUCACGUGAUGUGGUAAAAGGCAGAUCCCAGCGGCCUUUUACCACGUGAUCAGCGGUGUCCAAUGACACGCUGAUCACAGGGAAAUGCAAGUGCCGGACACUGAUGAUCAGUGCCCUGGUGAUCGGUGCCCAGCAGUGCCACCGCAAGUUCCGCCCACCUGUGCCCAGCAGUGCACCCACCUGUGCCACUCUGCAGUGUCACACACCUGUGCCCAGAAGUGCCACCUACCUGUGCCCAGAAGUGCCACCUACCUGUGCCCAGAAGUGCCACCCACCUGUGCCCACCCACCUGUGCCCACCAGUGCCACCCACCUGUGCCCACCCACCUGUGCCCAC